GGCUUCAUAUUGGUGGGGGAGGGGGGAGGAGUUGGUGGCGGCGGCAGAAGAAGAGAGCGGCAGCAUCAGCGGCAGCGCCGGCGGUGCGCGCUGCCCCGCCCCCCGCUCCCCAUCCUCCUGCCCGAGGCGUGCGUGAGGCGGCGGCGCGUGGCAUCGGCGUCUCCCUCCGGCCUGCGCCUCUUCCUCCCCUCCUCCUCCUCCUCCCUCUUUCCCCUUUCCCCCCUCCUCUCCGCUCCCUGCCAGGCCAAGGCCAUGACCGACUUCAAGCUGGGCAUCGUGCGGCUCGGCCGGGUGGCCGGCAAGACAAAGUACACACUGAUUGAUGAGCAAGACAUUCCACUUGUGGAGAGUUACUCUUUUGAGGCUCGAAUGGAGGUCGACGCAGAUGGAAAUGGUGCUAGAAUAUUUGCCUUUGCGUUUGACAAAAACCGAGGAAGAGGCUUUGGACGCCUGCUGCACGAGUUACUGUGGGAGAGGCAUAGGGGGGGCAUCGCCCCUGGCUUUCAAGUCAUACAUCUGAAUGCAGUGACAGUGGACAAUCGUCUAGACAACCUGCGAUUGGUUCCAUGGGGAUGGAGGCCCAAAGCCGAAGAAAUCUCUAGUAAACAAAGGGAACAAAGCUUAUACUGGCUGGCGAUCCAGCAGCUUCCCACAGACCCCAUAGAGGAACAGUUUCCGGUGCUGAAUGUGACACGCUAUUAUAACGCUAAUGGGGAUGUUGUGGAAGAAGAGGAGAGUUCGUGCACAUACUAUGAAUGUCACUACCCUCCCUGCACAGUGAUUGAGAAACAGUUACGUGAAUUUAACAUCUGUGGGCGGUGCCAGGUCGCACGGUACUGCGGCUCGCAGUGCCAGCAGAAAGACUGGCCGGCCCACAAGAAGCACUGUCGGGAGAAGAAGCGAGUCUUCCAGCAAGAGCUUGGACCAGAACGAUGACCAGCUGGCUGAGGCCUUAGCCCCACAGGGCACCUUCCCAGAAGGUUAAGGAGGAGGUGCCCACUUUGCACGAACUGCUCACUUGAAGCCAGAGGCACUGACAAAAAAGGAGAGAGAGAGAGGAGAAUUUUUUUUUUUAUAUUUGAAAAGACAAACCAAUCCCUGUGAUGCUUGAGGAAAGGGACUGACUCUUCCCUUCCAGUGUUAAAAAAAGAAAACGUCUGAAGCAAAAAAAAAAGACUACUGGGGAAGCUCUCCUGCUUGGAAGCUUUCUGUUAUUUAUAUGUUAAUAUGUUUGUAAAGUUGUGUACAGAGUUUUUUUUUGUUUUUUUUUUGUUAGAAGUUCUCUUGCAUAGGACUCAUUUACUGUAAUGUUCAAGUGAGAACACAUUGUUGGUUGAAAUAACUGUCCAGUAGCAAAAAGAGAAACAAAAAAAAAAGCUUUUCCUCCCCCUGUGGCUAGGAGAAGGCCUGGGGAGCUAGCUCAGAACAUCAGCAGUUAAAUCUGAACAACUCUGCAUGGAAAGUUGUGUUUUCAAGUAAAGGAUUGGAAUGGA